CAGGAGUUGACAGACGGUCUCUGGCUGGAUUUCGACGGCCCCGGGACCGCGGAAGAGGCUUCUGAGGGCGGCCGCGAUGCCGAGCCAGCAGCGGGUCAGUCAGCUCCUGGAUCUUUUGAAUGUCUUUGAUGAUGUCAUCAGGUGUUCUGCUGAGCUCUGAGUGGCCUACAUAGAAGUAGAUGCCUUUGGUGCUUCAUGAAGAAUAUUUCUAGAUAUAUCACAGACAUUAAGCCUUUGCCACCCAACAUAAAAGAUAGACUGAUCAAAAUAAUGAGCGUGCAGGGGCAGAUAACAGAUUCGAAUAUAAGUGAGAUUUUACAUCCUGAAGUCCAAACUCUAGAUCUACGAAGCUGUGAUAUUUCAGAUACUGCUCUCCUGCACCUAUGUAACUGCAGAAAAUUGAAGAAAUUAAUUUUAAAUUCCUCAAAAGAAAACAGAAUUUCCAUAACUUCAAAAGGAAUAAAAGCUGUGGCUUCAUCUUGUUCUUACCUGCACGAAGCUUGUUUGAAAAGAUGCUGCAAUCUCACUGAUGAAGGAGUCCUUGCUCUUGCACUCAAUUGCCGGCUGCUAAAGAUCAUUGAUUUAGGUGGCUGCUUAGGUAUUACUGAUGUGUCCUUGCAGGCAUUAGGAGAAAACUGCCCAUUUUUGCAGUGUGUUGAUUUUUCAGCUACUCAGGUAUCUGACAGUGGUGUGGUUGCGCUUGUUAGUGGACCUUGUGCCAAGAAAUUAGAGGAGAUUCAUAUGGGAUAUUGUGUGAAUCUGACUGAUGAGGCUGUAGAAGCUGUCCUUACUUGCUGUCCUCAGAUAUGUAUAUUACUCUUCCAUGGAUGCCCCCUGGUAACAGAUCAUUCACGAGAAGUCUUGGAGCAAUUAGUAGGCCCAAACAAACUAAAGCAAGUGACGUGGACUGUCUAUUGAUGCUUAUUGAAGCUUAUCAAAGCUAUGAUCUUCAUACAACUUUCCCAGGAAACAACGAUCUAGAGAUUGGCUUUCCAAUAAUAUGAUUUAUGCUUUGAAGUUAACCAGGCUCUUAAACAUUUUAAUAGUGCUGUUAUUUCUAAGUUUGUUUGAGGAGUGAUUGUUCUUGAAAUGACAAUCCUAGCAUGCCCUCUGAUGUAUUUGGGGAGGGUAUUGUGUUUGUUUCUUUAAUAGCAAAGUUUUAAAUUACCUGUUUUCCCUGGAAAUUUCCUUCUCCCACCUAGAUAUUUGAGCUGCUGUAAGAGAAAUUUACCAAUAUGGAUAAACAUUAGGAGAAUUCUAAGUAAAGGUAUUUCUAAAAGCAUUAAUUACCUACCUAGCUAUUUUUUGGCUGCUACCUUCCAAAUUAUUUAAAUGUCCACUGGCCAGAAAGCAAAGCUGAACAUCAGGCCUGUAACUUCUUCACAGAAUUUAUUAUUUCAAUGAAACAAAGAAAUAUAAUAGUUUAAUGUCAUAAUCCAGGACAUCAUAUACCUUAGCCAUUCAGCAUAUGAAUGUUACUGAAUAUGGCUACUUUUCCCAAAUACAUGCUAUUCAUCUACAAACCUUCAUCCUUAAAGACUGCAGUCAAGAAUGUGUAAGAAUGAGUAAACACGAAAUGUCAUCACAGAGGUUGUAUCCUGAAGCUCUACUGGUUUCACAUUGUGAAAUAAACACACAGGUCUUAGUUUUCAAAUGAAAUGUAUUACUCUCUAUAAUCACAAAAUUCUCUGACGUAUACUGUGCUUAAACUACCCCCAAAUUCAGCAUAUUCCCUGUGCCAUGAGCCUGUCUCAGUGGGACUUUUCUUAAAGAUUUCCUAUUUUAACUGUGAUGUAGUGAAUAACAGGGAAAGUGUGGUAUGGUAGAUUUCUUGUAUAUGUUUAGAAGGAAGGGUUUACAUAUUCAACUCCACUCCUUGUCCUUACUACUAACUACUUUAUAAAUGUGAUAUGUUUAUAGCGUAGAUAACAUAUAUUGCCACUGCAAAGGUGGUACAUAUGUAUAUAUGUGUAAAAUGGGUAAGGCCUGUUCCAUCUAUGAAAUUUUUCUGAAGACAAAUUCAGUAAGAUUUAAUAUUGAAUACCUAACCAAGUCAAUAGCUUUUUCCGCUUUGGGGGAAACUAGUUUCAAGAUCUAAGGUAUCAGGUUUGUAGAGUCUAUAAAGGACUCAUCAUCCUAAAGCAGCUUGCAGCUUGACCUUCUUUUUUUAUACUGCUAGUUACCUUAGCUGUUUCUCGGCACUCUGUUUAAAAUUUGGAUCUCCCAUCCCUAUCCUACCUAUCCCUGUCACCCUUACCUGUCACUCUAGACUCUAUUUUUCCCCUUUCCACCUGUCACCAUCUGACAUGUUUUAUUUUUUAUUUGUUAUCUGUCUCCCGACCCUAGUAUAUAAGCUUCAUGAAGACAAAUUAUUUCUCUUUUUUUCACUGCUGUAUCUCCAAUACCUAGAACAGUGUCUGGUACAUAAUAAGCACCCAAAUAUUUGUUGAAUGAAUAGACAAGAAAAUAAAUAAAAGUAAUACCCACACUUCAAGUUUCUGGUCUGUGACGUACAGGGAUUAGAUGUCAUCACUCCUGUCCUCACAAGGUAAAAGCUGAACAAACUGAAAAUCAUGAAGCAGUACAGUGUUUAUUUCAAAAUGGACUUGUAUUAGUUGUAAAUAUACACUGCAAACUCUAGGGCAACUGCUAAAAUAAUUUUUUUAAUAAAUAUAACUGACCUCCUAAGGGAGGAGAGAAGAUGGAAUCACAUAAAAUCCUCAAUUAAAACCAGAAAAGGGGGAAUUCCCUGGUGAUCCAGUGGUUAAGGACUCUGUGCUCUCACCGCCGAGGGCCUGGGGUGUGAUUCCUAGUCAGGGAACUAAGAUCCCACAAGCCAUGUGACGCAGCACACACAAAAAAGAUAAAACCAGAAAAGGCAGAAAAAGUAGAACACAAAAAAGAAACAACAAAGGCAACGAAUAGGGAACAGUUAUAAAUAUGGUAGAAAUUAAUCCAACUAUAUCAAUCUCUUUAAACGUGAACAGUCUUAAUACAAACAUGUUUGUUAUGCUAUGAAGUCAUUUCAAGGAUCACUGUUAUAUAUAUGGGCAAUUUAAAAAUAUUUUAAGCAAUAUUUGGACGUCUCAAAGACCUUCUUGUACCCUCCUCAUAAAUACUUAAGAAAGGAUAA